AUGGACGACGAGACAUUUGCUGCUGUGGCCAUCGAGCUCGUACGAAGAGAGGGCAGCGAACUGCGAGCCACUUGGGACCACGGCGUAGAGCAUUAUGUCAUGCAGCAGGUUGCCGAACACCAGUUGCGCGACAACGACCCAAUGCCAUCUCUUCACACACUCAAAGAUUGGCGCUUAAAUUCGCAGAAGAAUUUCCAGCGUGGGGUAUGUUCACGGCUGGCGAAGGCACGGCAACUGGAGGACAAAGCACAACAGAUAGAGGAGACACCUGUCGUGGAGCAAGGGUCGAUGCGAAACGACGACGGGUCCCGUUCGGAGCAUCACGAGGAGGCGGGUGAGCGAGUGAGGAGUCGUCUGGGGAUGCAUUAG